AUUAUCAUUGUUAUUAUUAUCAUUAGUGAUAUUAACCAGAAGCUUUAGUCAUAGGAUCAUUAAAGAUUUACAAACAAGGUGAAUUAAUUUACUUUACAUAGGUUAAUUGUCUUGGAGCUGCCGCUAGUUUGACCAAUCAGAAUAAUGGAUCACGAUGAGGAUAUCAAUGAUAGAGAUUGCGGUCUUGUUGAAUCUGAUGAAGAAACUCGAAUGGCUGAAAAGGAAUUAGCUGAGGAUGCACAAUGGAAAAUAUUUCAGAAAAACACUUUCACGCGCUGGGCGAAUGAGCAUCUAAAAAAAACUGAUUUCAUUAUUGAAGAUUUAGAGACUGAUUUGAGUGACGGCCUUCGUCUAGUUGCUCUUGUUGAAGUCUUAUCUGGACAUAAGUUUCGACACAUCAACAAAAGACCAACGUUCAGAACUCAAAAGCUUGAAAAUGUAACUACUGUUUUAAGAUAUCUGGAAGAAACUGAAGGCUUGCGUCUCAUCAGUAUAGACAGCAGCCAUAUUGUUGAUUGCAACCUAAAGCUCAUACUUGGUUUAAUCUGGACCCUCAUUUUACAUUACUCUAUAUCUGUACCUCUAAUUGCAGAUGAAGAGAACGUUCUCCAAGAUGAUAGAAACCAAACUCAAGGUCCUAAACAGCGUUUGCUCAGUUGGGUCAAACAAAAAUUACCAAUAAUCCCAAUUCGAAAUUUCACUACAGAUUGGAAUGAUGGUAUAGCUAUUGGAGCUCUCGUUGAUGCUUGUGCUCCUGGACUUUGUCCGGAUUGGACUCACUGGGAUCAGCAAAAUCCUUUGCGUAAUGCCACGGAAGCUAUGACAGCUGCAGAUGACUGGUUAUCCAUCCCCCAGUUAAUUCGGCCAGAAGAAAUGAUUGAUCCCAACGUUGAUGAAAAGUCGAUGAUGACUUAUAUUAGCCAGUUUCCCAAUGCUUGUUUAAAAGAGGGUGCACCACUGCGAGCUAAACUAAAUCCUUCGAAAGUACGCGCAUAUGGUCCAGGCUUGGAAUCAAAUGAAAAUAGAAUUGGUAUACCGGCUAAAUUCUAUGUAGAAACCGCUAAUGCUGGCAGAGGUCAGUUAGAAGUACUUGUAAUCAAUUGCAGAGGUGUCAGAGAAACGUGUGAAGUGAUUUUCGACAAUGAAACAAAUCAAACUUACUCAUGUGUAUAUGAACCACGUUUAGAAGGUGAAUAUCGUAUAGUCAUAAAGUAUGGUGGACAUGAGAUACCUAAUUCACCUUUUCGUGUUAAUGUCAAGGGAAUAUUUGUAGACCCAAGUAAAGUAACUGUAAGCGGUCCAGGACUACAAAAUUCAGAACUCAAUUGUGUUGGUCGACGUACUCAUUUUAAUGUACAUACCCAUAAUGCUGGAAAUGGAAUAGUAGACUGUUACAUUGUUGAUCCACACGGCAGAACUGAUACUGUCAAACCACGUAUUACUUGCCCCGGUGGUGAUGCAUGUUUUAUUGUUGAAUAUACACCAAAAGAAGUUGGUGUCCAUCAAGUAUUUGUACAGUUUGCGGAGAAGCAGAUACCUAACUCACCGUUUCAAGUUGAAAUAGCUCCUAGAGAGUCUGGUAAAGCUGCAGCAAUCGCUGCUCUUUCAGCAGUUAUACAAAAUUCAACAUUCAAUCAAAGUGCCAAGCAAUCUUUGCAUAGUGAAGUACCGGGAAUAAACAACACUGCAAGACAGAAUGGUUUUCAUGAAAAUCCUGAUGUUGUUCUUGUGGAAACAUUUGAUAAUAUGAAAGUAAAAAAUGGAAAUGUCUCAUCUGAUUCUUUAUCGAUGAAUUCAUCUGAAGGUAAACAUGAAAAGAAACAGUUGAUUGAUAAUCCUGUCAAAGAAGAAUCAUUUAUACACGAAAUAAUUGAAGAAGUUCAUCCUGAGUUAGCUUAUGCUACUGGAAGAGGUAUACAAGCUCGUGGUAUACGUGUACAAGAUCGAGUGAAAUUUUCUGUUCACACUGAACGAGCUGGUGAUCAAGCUCCACUUUCAGUUACAAUGACUCGUGCAGACGGUCAAAGUGAACCCGUGGAAAUUCAUCAGAUUGAUAAAUUUUUAUGGGAUUGCUUCUACAGUCCACAGCGACCUGGGAAGUACACACUUAAUGUACGAUAUGGCAAUGGACAUAUUCAACAUAGUCCUUAUACUAUUGUUGUAGGUCCACAUAAGAAAUCUGCUAUUCGCGCUUUUGGACCAGGUUUAGAAGGCGGUGUUGUCAAUCAUCCCAAUUUAUUUACAAUCGUGUGCAAUGGAGAUGGUGCUGGAUUAGGUUUUUUGAUUGAGGGGCCCAGUGAGGCUAAAGUACUGUGUCAAGACAAUGGAGAUGAUUCUGCUCAAGUAACCUAUACGGUUUCACAACCUGGUGAAUAUGCAGUUCAUGUUACAUGUUUCGAUGAAGAUAUCCCUGGAUCACCAUAUAUGCCUAUAAUAACUCCUUGUCUUGAAGAUAUUCAUCCUAACAAGUUGCGUGUUUAUGGUCCUGGAGUUGAAAAAAUGGAUCUUAGUAUCGGUCGUUCUACGGAAUUUUAUAUUGAUGGUCUACAGGAUGCUGUUCCUCCUCAACUUUCACAUUCCCUGAAGGAUUCUCUGUUGCAUGUAGAUUGCCAUGAUACUUCAGGGAAUCCAGUGCCUGUCCAAUCUAGUAUACGUUCUGAUGGCACUGUAGUUUGUACGUACAAACCUAUGUCUCCCGGGACUCAUACCGUAUAUGCUUCAAUAGCCGGUAUAUCUCUCAAAGGUUCACCAUUCAGGGUAACCGUUGCUCCAGAAAUUCAACCAGAUAAAAUGAAAUUAUGGGGCCCAGGUUUACAAAGCGCUACCAGAAAAAAACCAGCUCAUUUUUUCAUUGAUCCUCAAGAAGUGUUUUCCGGUGAAAAUGAAAUUGAACUAAUGGCUAACAAUCCAGUUUCUGUUAAUAUUGUAAAUGAUCAAGGUCAUACGAUUCCAACACGUUUAAGUAAACAAUCCGAUAAUACUGUUCGUAUUGACUAUACACCAACUUCAUUAUGUACAAAUGUGCAUAUAACACCUUUAAUAGGUGGUACACCUGCAAAAUCCUCUAUACAUGUACCCGUUGCAUGUGGCUUUGAUAUUUCAAAAAUCAAAGUUCAAAAUUUAGAUACAAAAGUUCAUAAAGCUUCCUACGUCAAGUUCACUGUGGAUGCAUCGGCUAUUGAUGCACACUCUGAAGGAACUGUCACAGCUGUUCUUACUGGUCCAGAUAAUGGAAAAUCAGCCUGUCAAGUGUUAAGCAAUAAAGAUGGAACAUAUGUUUGUAAUUAUACUCCAUUGGAAGAAGGUCAACAUAAAAUACAUGUAAAUUAUGAUGGUUUACCAGUACCAGGAAGUCCCUUUCAUAUUAAUGUUGUUCCUGGUUGUGACCCGAAUCGUGUAAAAGCCUAUGGUCCUGGUUUAGAAAAUGGACCCCAUUUAAAGCCUGGUGUCCAGACAAGUUUCACGGUAGAUUUAACUGGAGCUGGACAAGGUGGUUUAGGUUUAGCUGUUGAAGGUCCAAGUGAAGCACCGAUCGACUGUCAAGAUAAUCGUAAUGGUACAUGUACUGUUUACUAUACACCAUCUGUUUAUGGUUCUUAUGCUGUAUAUGUACGAUUCAAUGAUGUAAAUGUUCCAGGAAGUCCAUUUAAUGUAAAUGUUAAUCCAAAAGUUGAUCCUAACCAAGUUAGAUGCUAUGGUUCCGGUUUAGAAUCUGGUUUAUUACGUGCUGGAUGGCCAGCCUACUUUACUGUGGAUACAAAAAAUGCUGGUGAUGCACGCCUAAAGGUUAUGUAUACUCCUAAACCUGGUGGAGAAUUACGCCCUGCAAUUGUCCAACCUUUUGGUGGAGGAUCAGAAAAAGACUCAACUCAACAACAUUAUUAUAAGGUUACAUAUACUCCUGAAACAGAUGGUCCUUGUCGAAUUGAAGUUACAUAUGAUGAUGUUCAUGUUCCUGGCUCACCAUAUGUUGUGAAAAUAAGAAAAGCAUCUGAACCGAAUCUUGUUCGUGUUCUAGGUGCAGGUAUUAAAGGUCCUGUCCUUGCCAGUCUACCGGCAACUUUUACAGUUGAUGCUCGUGAAGCUGGUAUGGGAGAUUUAACUUUAGGAAUUACUGAUCCUAAAGGACAAUCUGUCCCAGUUCGAGUUGUAUCAGUGCCUGUAGAUAGUGAAUCUGUUGCUACUAAUGGAGUAGUUCCAUCUGUAACAAGUUUAGCCUCUGGUGAUGUUAGUGAUACGGGAUUAUUAUCUUGUACUUAUGAACCAUAUUUAAUUGGACCCCAUAAUAUUCACGUUAUGUUUGCUGAUUCUGAAGUGGUUGAUAGUCCAUUCACUGUUCACAGUGUAGCUACCGGUCGAGCUGAUUUAUGUGAAAUUAAAAGUGGUAUAAAGAAAGUUAUACCAGUUGGUAAAGAAAAUGUCAUUAAAGUGGAUACUUCAUUGGGUGGUAAAGGUCGUUUGACUUGUCAAGUUAUUCAGCAUCCAAUUAAACAAUCUUCAUCUACGGCUACUCUUCUCCCGGUUGAAACAGAACAAAAUGGUGACGGUACUACAUGUGUGUAUUAUACACCAACACAAUUAAGUGAAUUAAAUGUGGAAUUGCGUUAUGGUGGUCAACUGAUUCCUAAUGGUGAAUUUGUUCAGAAAGUAGUCUCUCCUGAAGAUAUUGUAGAUGAAAAUUCACAUUCAAAUAUGUACCGACCUGUUGUAUUUCGUCUACCAGCUCCUCGAAAUAAAGCAAACAUUGAAGCCAUUGUAUUACGUCCAUCAGGUUUGCAACAACAAGUUCCAGUUAAAAUUAAUGAUGAUGAAACAAUCACUAUAACAUAUGAUCCUGUUGAACAUGGAAUGCAUGAAUUACGUAUAAAUGUUCAUUCACCGGUAAAAUCUGGUUCACCAGAUAGUACAAUCUCUAUGCCAUUACAAGGUAGUCCAUAUAAAUUUUAUGUGGAUAUUACUGGUACUGGUCGAAUUACUGCAUAUGGUCCUGGUCUUAGUCAUGGAAUAACUUCUCAAUUAGCUGAGUUUACUAUUGUUACUAAAGAAGCUGGUGUUGGUGGUUUGUCGGUGUCUGUAGAAGGUCCUUCCAAAGCGGAAAUACAAUGUGUGGAGAAUGCUGAUGGUACUUGUAGUGUCAGCUAUUUACCACUUGCACCUGGUCAGUAUACAAUAACAAUUAAAUUUGCAGAUGAGCAUAUACCUGGAUCACCAUUUAUCGCUAAAAUCACAGGUGAUCUAUUGAAACGUUCUCAAGUGAGCAUGGGUGCACCAAGUGAUAUCGCUUUGGAAGCUGUUGAUGAAGAUAUUGCCACUUUAACAGCUAGUGUUCACAGUGCAUCUGGUCGAGAAGAGCCAUGUGUAUUGAAAAGUUUGCCUAAUAAUCGUUUAGGUAUCUCAUUCACUCCUAAGGAGGUCGGUGAACAUCUGGUUAGUGUAUUUCAAGCAGGAAAGCAUAUAGCCAAUAGUCCAUUUAGAAUUCGUGUUUCUGAAAAAGAAAUCGGUGAUCCACGACGUGUACGUGUUAGUGGACCAGGUUUAAUAUCUGGUUUAUCCAAUAAACCUAAUCAAUUCACAGUGGAUACACGUGAUGCCGGUUAUGCUGGUUUAAGUCUUUCUAUCGAAGGUCCAAGUAAUGCAGAUAUAGAAUGUCACGAUAAUAAUGAUGGUACAUGUACUGUUAUCUACACUCCAACGGAACCUGGUCAAUAUGCUAUCAAUGUAAAGUAUGCUAAUGUUCAUGUCCCGAAUAGCCCAUUCUGUGUUGAUAUUGGUGGAGAACCUUCAAUGAAAAUGAUGGAACGAAUUACUAGACGACGUGAAGCUUCAAAAGUUACAUGUGUUGGCAGUCGAUGUGAAUUAAGUCUACGGCUUACAGAUACAAAUCCAAAUGAUUUAUCUGCUACAAUCACUUCACCUUCUGGUCAUACUACUCGUUGUGAAAUUGUUCCCAUUGAUAAUGAACAUUAUAGCAUUAAGUUUAUACCACAAGAAAUGGGUGAACAUUUAGUAACUGUUAAACAUAAGGGAAUUCAAAUAUCAGGGAGUCCAUUCCACUUUACCGUUGGUCCAAUCAUUGAUGGUGUAGCUAACAAAGUUAGAGCAAUCGGUUCUGGUCUUCAAGAGGGCUGGACGCAUAUUACUAAUGAAUUUUCAAUAUAUACACGUGAAGCAGGCGCUGGAACAUUGUCAAUUGCAAUGGAAGGUCCUAGUAAAGCAGAAAUUGAUUGCGAUGAAAGACGCGAUGGUUCUUCAGCUGUACUAUAUCGUGUUACUGCACCAGGCACAUACAUCUGCUCACUUAAGUUCAAUGAUGAACACAUUCCUUGUUCUCCAUUCCGUAUACAUGUUUCUGACUCCACACAAACUAGACGUAUAGCAUCGUACAUUCUACCUUCUCGUACCGCUGAUGUUCACUCUGCUCGCAGUACAUCCAGUAAAGAAGAAACACUUCGAAUUGGACGUCCAAUAGCCUUCACUGUACAUCAUGUUGAAACUCCUGGGUAUAUUUUAAAAGCCAAAGUAUCAACUCCCUCAGGUACUCAUGAAGAUGCUAUUGUCCAACCUAUUGACCCAGAUCAAUUUGUAAUCCGUUUUGUUCCACGUGAAGGCGGUCCACAUUUAGUUCAUGUUCAUUCUGUGCCUAUAAAGGAUUCAAAUAAAGCUGAUUGGAGUUUUGGUCCAAAUUCAUUGUAUAAAUCAAUUCAAGGUUCACCUUUCCGCCUUGUAGUUAGUCAGCAUGCUGCUGAUCCAGGUAUGGUAUGCGCCUCUGGAGAAGGAUUACGUAAAGGAAAAGUUGAUAUGAAGAAUUCCUUUUUCGUUAAUACUACUAAUGCUGGUUGUGGUGUAUUAAAUGUCACAGUCGAUGGACCAAGUAAAGCAACUGUUACUAGUCAAGAACAUGAUGAAGGUUAUGCAUUUUUCUAUACACCAACUGUCCCUGGUAUUUAUGAAAUAACUAUUAAAUAUGGUGGUAAUUUUCAUAUAAGUGGUUCACCAUUUCGAGUUGAAGUUACAGGAACGCCUAGAUCAGAAGUUACUGAUUCUCGUUCGGAAGAUCGUCAAUCAAAUGUUACUUUAGAAACUGUUGGUAAAACAAUGACAGGAGUAUCAGCUUCAGCUGAACUAGAAAAUCACUGCUCAGGAUCUCAUCCUGAAUUAGUCACUUGUCAAGGACUUGGUUUAAAAUAUGCAGAACGUGAUCGUCUGAAUUGUUUUAAUGUUGAUGCAAGCCAAGCAGGUAAUGAUGUUCUACUUAUUGGUAUCUGUGGUCCGAAACAAGCAUCUGAAGAAGUGGUCGUCAAACAUUUAUCCAAUAAUCAAUACACUGUAUCAUAUCGUGUAUUUCAUAGUGGUAAACACUUUUUAGUAAUUAAAUGGGGUGAUCAAGAUAUACCAGGUAGCCCAUUCGUGAUUGAUAUCCCUUAGAAACACAAUUACAAACUGUUUACAAUAAUAAUAAUAAUGAUAAAAUCAGCGUAAAUAAAAUAAUUAAUUUAAUUAACGGAAUCAUUUCACGUAGAUAAAUAUGUUUAUCUAUGCGUGUGUGUAUGUGUAUGUGCUAUUUUUGUGUAUCUUCUUAAAUUGUCAAUUUCUUGAUGCCUCUCAUAUACUUGUUUCUUGUUUAAAUUUCCUUAUUUACGAAAAUAAAACUGCACAAAUUUUGCUUGCCAUCAUUAGCCAUAUUAGUCAGUUACAUACACACUCGAAAAUGCAGAAUAUUCAUCAAUAUUGUAUCGUUGUUUUUUUCAUUUUAAAAAAAUAUCAAACAACUGUGAAGUGCCUUUCUGCAUAAAAAAUGUUGCCUGUUCUCUUCACUGUCUGCCUUAUUAUUAUUGUUAUCACUAUCGUUACUAUAAUUAAGGUUUGUACAAACCAAAUGUCUACCAUUCAAAUAUUAUUCCUUUUUUUAUUUUUCGUAUACACUUAAUAAAUCUUCUUUAUGUUGCCAUACACACAUACACACCUUACGGGUAUUAAAUUCAAUCUUUUUUCUGUCUGAUCAUUCAACAUACAACAUGAGAUCAGUUUGAUUCUUCUAUUUGUUUCUGAUUUUGACGACAAAGUCGAAUGAUUUAUAUGUGUAAUUCUCAAUUUUAGAAUAAAUUGGUAUUAUUAAU